UCUACUCUAUUCCUCAUUCUUCUCUCUUCUUCACAACAAUCUUUCUAAACCUACAAAGACAAUUUUUAUAACACACAAAAUCAAGUAAACUUUUUAAGUUUAGUCGAACCUCGUUAAAUUCUUUUCUUCUCUAAUUGCUUUUCUGUGUGACUGUCUGCUAGUUAACCCACGAUAUUUCUGCAACAUGGCAGCUUCUGCAGUUAACACAAUCUCAAUGCUCGAUUCCAACAUGGAAGUUGACAAACUCACUAACGAAAUCUUCUCCAUUCUUGAAAACAAGUUCCUCUUCGGCUACGAAAACCAGAAUAAUUCACUCACCGGAAAAGAAAACAAUCUGUCAGCUCCGUUGGCCGGGAAAAAUGUCGGUGCCGGAAAAGUAAGAAUUCUUUCCAUUGAUGCUGGUGGAUCAACUGAUGGAGUGUUAGCAGCAAAAUCUUUAGCCCAUUUGGAAUCCACCCUUCGUCAAAAAACCGGAAAACCAGAUGCCCGUAUUGCUGAUUUCUUCGAUGUUGUGGCCGGCUCCGGCGCCGGUGGGGUACUCGCCGGACUUUUGUUUACGCGUGGGAGCGAUGGGGUGCCAAUGUAUACAGCCGAAGAAGCAUUGAACUUUGUGGUGAAUAAUGAUCGGAAGAUUCGCCGGAGUUUCAAGAAUGGUAUUUUCCGGCGAGGUUUCCGACCAGCUAAGGUGUUUAAGAAAGUUUUCGGAGAAUUAACGUUAAAAGAUACGACGAAAGGGGUUUUAAUCCCAUGCUACGACCUUAAAUCAGGAGCACAGUUUGUUUUUUCCCGCGCUGAUGCAUGGGAAAUGGAGGGCUGUGAUUUUACUAUAGCAGAUGUAUGUGGGGCCACAAUGGCUGAUCAAGCGGUUGAUUUGAAAUCAAUUGAUGGUAACAGAAAGAUCACAGCCGUUGGUGGUGGAAUAGCGAUGGCUAAUCCAACGGCUGUGGCGAUUACACAUGUACUUAAUAAUAAACAAGAGUUUCCAUUUGCUAAUGGAGUUGAGGAUUUAUUGGUUGUUUCAUUGGGAAAUGGUGAUUCAGACUCCGGCACCGGCACCGGAAAUGUGAUGUCAUCACCGGCGGCAUUUGUUAAAAUCGCCGGAGAUGGAACUGCUGAUAUGGUAGACCAAGCUGUAUCAAUGGCAUUUGGACAAACAAGAAACAAUAAUUAUGUAAGAAUUCAAGGAAAUGGUAUUGUUGGGAAAAAAUACCAAUCAAUUAAAGAUGAAAAUAUGAACAAAAAUGAAAGAAUGAAGAAAAUGGUGGAAAUUGCCGAAGAAAUGUUAGGUCAAAAAAAUGUUGAAUGUGUAUUAUUUCAAGGGAAAAAAUUGGUUGAAAAUUCAAAUUUGGAUAAAUUGAAAAUGGUGGCAAAUGAAUUAAUCAAAGAACAAGAAAGGAGGAAAAAUAGCAUUUUGCCCCCUGUAGUUUUGAAACAUGCAUCGCCAUCCCCUAGAACUUCAUCUGCAACAACUUUGUCAUCCGCCUCGUCGUGUUAGUAAGUAUCUGGUGAAAUAGUUAAGGUGUGUGAAUACUGGUCCGAGAAAAAAAGAAAGAAAAGGACUAGUGAUUCUUAUUAGGAUUAGGCAUGCAUGCAAUUGCGAGCUGAGUUUAGUUGAGUUUUGAGCUCGAGUUGAACUAAAUUAGACUUGAAAAUGUGGGUGUGAAGCCACUCGUGAUGGAUUCAGACGUCUGAGUUUGAUCGAGCUGAGCUACUAAGAUUGCCCAACAAUUUUUUUGUUUAUCCUCUUUUUUAAUAUUUUUGUUUUGAUAUUCUUGGGUUGGUUUGUAGUUGAAAUGUAUAUUUAGGAAUGGAUCUUGAUGAAGGUUUUCUAUGUAUAUGAUUUCAGUAAUAUGAUAAUGGAUUGCUCAUUGCAUUUGUUAAUUAAAA